GAGUGGGUCGUACUUUUUCCUGUUUUGUAACAUUUGAUCCUGCUAAGCCCCGCCCCUUCAAGAUAACACGUUUCUUCAGCUGCAGCGUGGGGAUCCCUGCAAAGGAUCGGGAGAUAAAAAUGGUUUGAGUUCUGCUGAAUGGGAGACGGAGGGAGAAUGGUGGACCUGUCCUCGGAGUGGAACAUCUCUUUCGCAGGCUGUGGAUUUAGGAGCAUCUACUACGUCGGCGCUUUGAGCUGCAUCCUGGAGCAGGUCCCUCAGCUGCUGCACGGAGCCGCUAUGUUUGGGGGGGCCUCCUCCGGUUGUCUGGUGGCAGCAGCCCUGGCUGUGGGGAUUCCCAUUGAGCAGCUGUGUUUCAGCAUUUUAAACAUGGCAAAGGAAGCCAGAAAACACACUCUGGGAGUUUUCCACCCGACCUUCAGGAUGCUGCAGACGGUGCGACACUCUCUGCUGGAGAAGCUUCCACAGGACGCCCACCUGCGGGCGUCAGGGAGGCUCUGCGUGUCCCUCACCAGACUGGCGGACGGACAAAAUGUGCUGGUGUCAAAGUUUGACACCAGAGAGGAACUGAUUCAGGUUCUCAUGUGCAGCUGUUUUUUUCCCAUCUACUGUGGCUUUAAACCACCAUCAUACCACGGAGUGCUCUAUGUGGAUGGAGCUCUGAGCAACAACAUGCCCCUGUUUGAGCACAGAAACACCAUCACCAUGGCCCCCUUCUCGGGCGAGAGCGACAUCUGCCCCAGGGAGGGGACCUUCAACUUUUUUGAGGUCCACUACGGCAACGUGAGCAUUCAGGUUAACACCGGCAACGUCUACCGUGUGUGUACGUCGUUCCUCCCUCCGACUCUGGAGAAGUUAGCCGAGAUCUGCCACAAUGGCUACACGGACGCUCUUCGUUUCUUGAAAGAACGGGGUGAGCAUUCCCACUUCCAUCCUCACUCACAGCAGGUCUUUGAAACCUUUAUUUUUAUUGCCGUCUGCAAAGUCAGGCCUAAGUACAUCGCCAGUCAAGAAUUUCUGAAUUUAGAUCUGCUCAGUGAGAAGCACGUCCCUCGGAGUUUAUCGCUUGGGAAAGGCUGGACCACACCUCCUUGUCGUGAGCGUGGAAAAGAGCGGGCUAAUGCAGAAGAGGCCAGGCUGAGGAAGAUGCUGCUCAGCCACAAAGUCACCCACAGCCCCCCCGCCAGCAUCCAGGAAGUGCUGUGUGAGGUGUGCCAGCAUAACCGCGACCCAAUCAGCCGGUGGUCUCGGUUUACUCACUUCUUCCCAAUAAAACUCAUCAUUUACAUGCUGACCCUGCCCCUCCGGCUUGUACAGCUCAGCCUCUCGCUCGCCAAAGAACAAGUCCUUUGGCUCGGACCGUGCAGAGGGAGACACAAAGUCUAAACCCAGACUACUUUUAGUCCAGUUGUUAAUUUGGUCCUUUGUUGGUUUUUGUAUCAGGACAAGAUUCUCUAGAAAAUGUUAAGAUGAUAUUGGACACAGAAAGCAUGUCAAAAUGUAAAAAAAGUUAAGUAUCCAUUUGUAAAAGUAUAUGUAAACUAUUUUAUUUAACUUCAUAAUUUCUAAUGGUCUUUCUCUUAUCAAAUAAAUGUCAUAUGUCCUUGAA